AUGUACCCCGGUCGUCCCGGACCGGACAUCGUCAAUCCAAUAGGAAUAAGAGUCCAUCGAUUCCCCCCGCCAACAGCGAAGCAACGACCUGGGUCACAGCAGCAGGCUGAUGAUUUCAACGCUGGAGAACUAGGGGGUCGAGGACCCCAUUCAGGAGCUAAAGGAAGAGGAAAAGGUGUUGGUGGUAAGGGAGGAGGCGCUUUGGGGUUUGAUACGGCCACUGGGGGGAAGGGCCUCGGCAAGGGCAAGGGAAGAGAACACGAAGAUACAGCUAGUUCACCCGAUCAUCAUGAUGAUGGCUGGCAAGUGGUGAAGCCUAAGCAAGGGAAUAGGGAUUGGGGUGCACUCAGAGGUGGCCGAACUGCAGGAGAUGAGGAGGAUGGCAAACCACUACCGCCAUGGCGUAGGGUUGCUGCUCAUCAUCCAGGGGCCGCUAGAAGGGGAGAUACAUCCCCGGUGCAUUCACAUGGCGCGGAGCAACAUCAUCGUAUUGAUAUCACUGCCGCAGAAGGAGAUCACUAUCACCAUAAACAGCAGGAGCAUUCUCCCUCUGGCGUCCCCGCCACUACCCCAUUCAAGAA